GAAGUACCAGAGAGGCAAGAAUUAAUAGCACACGAAUUGACAGAGACCACAAAAGCCCUGAUUACACUAGCUCAAUCAGAAGGUAUCAAUGAAGAAAUAAAAGAAUGGGCUCUUUACUAUAACGACACACAUUCAUUUUGGAGACGCCGUAGCCGUCUGGACAAUACCACUACGGGAAUAUACGAAGAUAGUUCAAAUCUCAUAUAUCUUCCAAGGCAUAAUCAAAUAACUAAGCUUCUUAUACAACACCAACAUGAAGAUCUAUGCCAUGCAGGAAUCGCUCAUACAUUAUCAGAAUUGAGAAGAAACUUCUGGAUACCUAAAGGCAGAACUGAAAUGGAGAGCAAGACCAUUCAAACUACUGUAAUGCCGAAUGUACCAGAAACUCGAAUCAAAAGUACUCGGACGUUUGAACAUGUUGGACUGGAUUACUUAGGACCUCUUUCUAUAAAGAGUGAAAGCGUAGCUUUGUUCACAUGCUUCACAACUAGAGCUAUACACCUCGAAAUGGUAGAUGAUUUGACAGCUGAAAGAAGAUUCAGUGCACGACGAGGCUAUCCUAAACUUAUACUUAGCGACAAUGCAAACCAGUUCCAAUUAGUUUUCAAGACCAUUAUGAAAUACACCACCAAAAUAAAAACCUUCCUAACAAUGAGGGGUAUUAUUUGGAAGAGUAUAACUCCAAAAGCUCCAUGGAGUGGUGGAGUCUAUGAACGAUUGAUUGGCCUAACAAAAACAGCAAUGAGAUCUAUUGGUAGAAAACUACUGUGGCAGAAGGAAUUGAUCACAUUAAUGGCAGAAAUAGAAGGUAUACUGAACACCUGA